CCCAUCAUCUUCUGCACAUGUCUCCUUCUUUUCUAUCACACAAAAUCUUCAAGAUUCGCAUUUCCAUCCAAAUUCAUAACAAGCCAGCAGAAUCCUCGACUCUUUACCUUCACAACGACACCCAAUCUACAAUGUCCUACAAGAACUCCGACCUCGCAAACCGCUUGCAUGCGCUUUGCUCAAAAUACAAGGGUGAACUCGAUUUACAGACGCUGAACAGUCGUAUCGAGGUGAUGAACUUGGUUCUUCCAUAUCCUUUGAUUAGCCCUUCAGAUCAGCAAGAUCGCAUUUCGCCCAACUUCGAUCAGCUCAAUGAUCUUGGGCGGGAAGUGGAGGCUACCCGAGCAGGCAUCGAUGCCGACAUCCUCGCCUACACGAAGGCUUCUUGUCUAGAACUGACAACAGCCGUGAUUCGUUUACCGCGUGAGCUUCGCGAAAUCAUCUAUGAUGAGUUCAUCAAUGGCCUAGAUGGUGGAAAAGACGAUAUCAUCGAGUGCGUUAAAGACAAAGCAGAGCCGAAUCGAGAGCACGAGAAGGAGCCCAAACGUGAGGUACCGCUGCUCGACUUUGAUCUCGGACACCCACAGUUCAUGGCUGAGCUUGUUCAGAUAGCUAUGAAAGCGGCGGGUCGAGCGAGGGAUAUCCUAUCUCCAUCAAACCCACACCAAGUACCAGGAAUCCUUGAGUCAGAUCCAUUUAACUCAGGUUUCCGCACCGGUACUUUGUACAGGCGAGCUAUUAUGGCUUUCAGUCUGGCCAAAUCCAGGGAAGACUUUGUCAACUUCGACGAAAGUUGCUCAAUCUGGGAUCCGCAGUUGGUCGAGACGAUUCAAUCUGAUUUGCAGCGACUGUCCUCUGAGACUUGUUCGUCCUUAUCGAUGAUAUUCCACACAAAGGGCUUCACGGCUUUGGAGCUCGCCAAUCUCUUUGAGAAAUGUAUUGAAUCCUUACAAAGUGUUCAUGAUCGGGGCAUCGAAGUAUACUUUCUCUACAUGAGGGAGGCCGAUAUCGAAGAUUACGAUGACGGGCCUGAGGUUCUGUUCAGUAUUGAGGACAACAAGGAAGACAUCAAAUGCCGGAACAUGAAAGGAGUCUCCUUCAGCUCUAGGGAUGAGAGACCUCGCUCAUUCGAGAGAUUCCAAUCAUGGAAAGAUCGGUAUCUUAGUGGAAUCAGAGAAGAUGACUCAGAUAAAGUUCACGAAAUCAACCGACAGUCUCAACUAUUCAAGUCAAUCUCAUCCUACAACUUCGAAAUUUCUCAAACCAUUUUUACCAAUAUACCAAAAGCUUUUGUCAUCAUGCUAAGCCUUCCAAAACCUUACAACAACCCAGAUCUGGCAGCGCCCUUACGCAGGGCUCUCAACGACGUACUCAAGUCACAAGAAGAAAUCAGACAGGAAAUCAUGGAAUCAAUCCUGCCAUUUCCUUUGACUGGGCCAUCAGACCAGUACGAUCGAUUUCCGCCCAGUACCGACUUGUUGCGAUCGCGACGAGAAAGAUUCCGCGCCGUCAACGCAGAACUCGAUGCCGACAUCCUGCGGCAUGCGCAGACAUCCUGUAAACAGUUCACGGAGGAGAUUCAAGGACGUUUACCACCGGAACUGCUUCUCAUGAUAUUUCGAACAUUCAUCGAAUUAUGUUCAACCAGGUAUAUAGACGGCGCGCGUCACGUUCUGGAACACCUCCGGGAGCAAGUAAAUCCUCCACCCCCUACAAGGAAACCAUACUUUGCGCAGGGUGGCGACAUCAGACGACUUGUGCGGUUAUUUGACGACCAGUUCAUGGAUUCCAACUUCCUGACUGAGUGGGUACGGGAGGUAUUGAAGAUGCCAAGGCGUUGGUUAAGGGAGGAUUAUUACGAAGUCUUGCUCCCCUACGACCCCCGGGAUAUCAACCGAAUCCGACGGAAUGAACUGUUAAGGACGGGUGUUACUGCCGAUGAGCUGUACGAUGCGAUCGGAAUCAUGGCUUAUAUUUUCACGACCAAUAGAGUGAAUCGCCCUUCCUUCGAGCACUUCUGUUUCCGUUAUAGCCCGAGGGUCAUAAGAGAGAUCGAGUCUACACUUCUACAACUUGACCCCAAAAACAACCCAUAUGUCGUUGGAUGUUUUCGCAUGCAUGGUUUUCCAAACCAGUGGAUGAGUAGAGUCUUUAAUUACAUGAUUCCGACUUGGCAGCACCUAUUGUAUCAGGGGUUCAGGACGCCAGUGUUUCGGAUCAUUGGUGAAGACAACAACGCACAUUUCGAGUUCAUAUCCUACAACACUCAUAGCAUGUUUAUGUGUAGAGGAUUGGAAGGUAGGAACUCUAUUCAAUUCGGGGUAUCAGCCGAGUUUACGGAGGGCCUCUUUCUGUUUCGGAAGUGGGAGGAGGACUACUUCGCUAGUGACUAG